AGCUUUAGUACUAUCUAAUUAAAGGAAGUAAAAUUGAUAAAUUCUCGUGUUAUUUUCUGUGGAUUGUUUUCAGAUAUAAGGGACAGGCCCCUGACCUCCUGGGAAAACAGGACAGUGUCUAUGAAGAGGACUGGGACAUGCUAGAUGUCGACGAAGAUGAGAAGCUGACAGGGGAAGAAGAGUUUGAGCUUUUGGCUGGCCCGUUGGGUUUGAGUGAGCGCAGGAUCGUCCCUGAGGCUGUCCAGUUCCCUGACAGCGACCCACUUGGAGCGUCCGUAGCCAUGGUGACGGCUACCAACAGUAUGGAGGAGACUCUUCUGCAGAUAGGCUGUCAGACCUCAGUGGAUAAGAGUUCGUCAGGCAGGGUGACCCUCGGGGAGCAGGCAGCAGCUCUGCAGAACCCACAUGACCGAGUGAUGGCACUGAGGAGGGUGACGGCUGCAGCCCAGGUGCUGCUGGCCAGGACCAUGGUGAUGAGAGCCCUGUCCCUGUUGUCUGUCAGGUAG